AUGAACAAAUCCAAUCAAAACUUUAACAAAACUCCUAAAACUCCUAACCCUUCAGGGGGGCGUUCAAGCAUUACAAGCCAAGCGCCUACUAACAACCAGCCGUCUAGAGCCUCUGCUCAGGCGGUUCGAACAAGUAAUGCUCCGUCAUUGAGCACCUUAGCAACUGUGCCAGGUGGUAAUGCUGCCUCCUGCUCCUCUGCUAGUGCUGCGGUCAAAGCUAAUACGCCGACCGCUCCAUCUGCAAUUAGUACCAACUCAACUUCCGGUACACGUUCUCACCCUAACCCCUCGACAAGGGCGUAUAGGGCGCGGAGUUCAGCAUACUGCAUCCUUUCUAGGCUUAAUGCUGCAGAUCCUUCCUCGCUUUCAGAAAGCGAUAAGGCAUCACUAAAGUGGGCAAGGGAAAAUGUCAAUCUCCGGCCCUCUGACAUCACUUCUACUUCUGCACCUGCUCAGAAACGACAAAGGUCGAUUGAGCAGGCUGGUAAAUCUAUUCCAUCAAGCGCUCCUAAGCGCUCCAAAUUUGGUCCUCCGAGACCCUCAUCUUUGUCAAAACCUCUCAGCGAAAUAGUCAAAGAAAGCCUGACCUGA